GCCUCUCGUCUUUUUUUUCUUCUCGUUCUUUUUCGUCCUUGACUCACUUCGCGUCGUCAGCGGAAGCAGCGUUAGCAGCGUCAAGGCAGACUGCAGCGUUGGCCAGUUCGCGUCAAGCCGCGCCGUUUGACUUUAGCCAUCUGCGUCGCGCUGUGCACGUAAACAAAGCUCAGGUCUCGUACCGCGGCCACAGGACUCCACCGAGCAGAGGAUUGUCAGCGAGCGAGACGACUGUUGGAAGCGUUUAGACAUGGGCAGGGAAUUCAACGUGGUCGUCUUCGGGGCGACAGGUGUGACGGGCCAGUACGUCGUCGAAGAAAUGCACAGGACCGCACUAGCCGAGGAUCCCGGCUUGAAAUGGGCGGUGGCUGGCAGGAGCAAGGAAAAGCUGGCACAGACGCUCAAGACAGCCGCACUGAAUCUCGGGCUCGAAGAGAAUGCAUUGGACAAGGUUCCAAUCAUUGUUGCCGACGUGGCAAACCAGAGCUCUCUCGAGGACAUGGCCAAGCGAACCCAGAUCGUCCUCAACAUAGUGGGACCCUACCGCUUCUUCGGUGCGCAAGUUGUGAAGGCUUGUGUUGAGAAUGGUACUCAUCACCUUGAUGUCAGUGGUGAACCACAGUACCUGGAGCAGAUGCAGAUUGAGCACUUCCAGGCGGCGCAAGAGAAGGGCAUAUUUGUCAUCGGCGCCUGUGGCUUCGACAGCAUUCCGGCCGAAAUGUGCCUCACAUACAUGCACAACAAGUUCCAGGGGGACCUGGAUCAGGUGGAGACAUUUGUCACCAUGAAGCACGGACCUCAGGGGAUGAAGAUCAACUAUGCCACUUGGCAAAGCGCCAUCUAUGGCCUCGCCCACUCCUCGGAGCUGGUCGAACUCCGCAAGCAGUCCCGGGAGAAGAUCUUCACUAAGUCGCUGCCGCCAAACCAGUCGCGGCUUGCAAGGAGGAACGGGCUGUUCCAGAGUGACGUGGCCAAGGGAUGGUGCGUCCCCUUCCUGGGCAGCGACCGGUCGGUGAUGCUGCACAGCGAGAUGUUCCGCUACCAGUUCAAGGACAAAAAACCGGUGCAAGUGCAGACCUACAUGAAACUUUCGGGCUUCCUGUACGGCGUGGGCCUCAUCUUCGUGGCGGCGGUGUUUGGCAUCUUGAGCAUGUUCAAGUUUGGAAGGUCGUUGCUCGAAAAUUUUCCCGGUCUCUUCUCAUGUGGAAUGGUCAAAAAGGGUGGGCCCACCCGGGAACAGGCGCUGGCCUGCUCGUUCACAAUGGUGAUCCGGGGACGGGGCUGGAACGAGAGGCUGACUGAACUGUCGGACAAGCACACCACUCCACCCGAGAAGACCAUGGUUGUCAGACUGGACGGUCCAGACCCGGCGUACGUGACCACGGCGAUGUGCCUCGUGCAAGCGGCCAUGGUGAUCCUCAAGGAGAAGGACAAGAUGCUCGGAAAGGGCGGAGUGUUGAGUCCUGGAGCCGCUCUGGAAGCAACUUCCUUUCUGGAGCGCGUGCAGAAGCAUGGCUUCAAGUUCACUGUCGUCGAGGGCGCCAGUCCCAGCCACGACGAGUAGACGAAGAAUGGCUUGUUCACUUCGCCAGGGACCAAGGCGUUGCUGGGAGAAACCUUGUUUUCGAGGCCAGCGGGGCAUUUACUGAUACCUAAUAUUUUUGCCGAAGUUUAGUUGGCUACCAAGCAGGUUUUGCACCUUAUUUCUGUCGACCAAUGUGCCCCUCACAGGCACUUGAUUAUAAUUCGCCACUGAGUUAACGACGGACGGGUUUAAGUUUUAGGGCAAACAGUUCUCUUUCGUGCAGUUUCUUUAAAAUGCACGCUUUUUGCGAGGUUCGUGGAAAGUGUGCAACGUUUGUGCUAUUUUGUUUGCAUGUUGAUUAUUUAAUUGCAUUUCAUGUUGGUGAUUGUAUGCUUUGUGAGCCCUUUCAUUAAACUCUCAAGGUUACCCUC